GGAGUUGGAUUUUAUUCUGUAGUAACUGAUACCCACAUACAAAAGAAUAAAAUUGGCCAGGCGUGGUAGCUUAUCCUUGUAAUCCCAGUACUUUGAGAGAUUGAGGAGGCAGGUCACUUGAGCCCAGGAGUUGGAGACCAACCUGGGCAACACUGUGAGACCCCAUCUCUACAAAAAAUACAAAAAUUAGCCUGGCAUGAUGGUGUGCACCUCUGGUCUCCCAAAGCGCUGGGAUUACAGGUGUGAGCCACCACGCCCAGCCGAAAAAACAGAAGAAUUUUUAAGCCUUCUAAUAUUUGGAUAUAGUUUUCCAUGUUCCCAUAGUUUAUUUUAUAGACCUGAUGGUUUAGAAGCAUUUCACUUUCUGCUUUGCUAGCCACGUGGUUAUACUUUAAGUGCAUUUGUGUGCUUUUCCUGAAGCAUUUUCACCUAGGCCAUCUCACUUAGUUUGAACAAGAGCAGUGCUUCGCACGCGGCUGCUUGCUGAGCAGAGUCCAGCGAACUGAAUUGGGCAAUAUGAGACUGAAUCUUUCCAUUCCAGGGCCUUCAGAUCCCAGCUGUCAACAGCCUGCUGUGUGACGUCACUGAAAGCCUCUGUGCUCUAGUUUCCUCACUGAUAAAGGAGGGAUACUAAUGGUACCCGCUUUCUGGUGCUGUGAGAGUUAAGAGACAAUAGACAGAAAUGUCAAACAUGUAGAACUGUGCCUGGCACACGAGUGCUUGGUAAAUGUCAGCUAUUCAUAACAGAGGAAAAAACCUGGUGAAAAUAAAUCACUUUUGGAUAAGGAUUUUAAUAUUCUUACAGACACUCCCCAUCCAGCUCUUUGCUCAAUGGAUCAGGUUAUCUGCAAGGACAGCAGCCUCUUGCUGGGUGCCCCAUGGAGACAGCGAUCUUCCCUCCUCUCUUACCUUCUCAAGGGUGGCCCUUUUCCAUCACCAAGGCUGCACUCAUGCAGAGAGGAAGCCUUCCACCCCGACCUGAUCAGGCUGAUUAACUUCAACUCCCAGGGGAAAAGACUCUUGCGAACACAUUUUAACCUUGGGUUCUCACCUAGAGUUCUGCAUGAUUUUCCAUUUCCUUAACUAAUGAAUGCAUCUAGCAGACUCAGUCCCUAAAAAAGGCACAUUUGAAUAACAGCCAGAGCCUGGUGGCUGAGCUGGGCUGCCGCCGGCUGAGCACCUCCUUUAGAAAGGCCUGCACUUGAGCGUUAGUUACCCUGUGGAGGGACAGGAGGAGGCCGGCUGCUUCACUUCCCUCUGCUGGGAGUGGCCCUGCGUGAUGGGGUGCAUAUCCACUUCAUUUAUUUUUUAAUCUGUGGGAGACAGAUUAUCAAUUUACUUAAAGUUUGAAUGUCUGUAAGGACAAAAUUUAAAGCUAGGGCUCUGAAGAUCUCUAGCAGGGAUGUAUCUGUCAUCUACCUAUCCCUCCGUCUCAGCCUGUUAACUGCGUGUCAUCAUGGGUUAAAUUAAUUACUAAGAGACCACGGAGUCCAUUUUAUAGCUCAAAUGAGCAUUUUUCAUUUCCUGUAGUAAACAUGACUUAAGUAAACAAAGAGUUUCUCUAACAAGGAUGGCUUACAAGUAGAAGUGGCUAAAUUUUCACUUUUAUAAAUUUUGCUGCUUUUUAUUAACUAUCAAUAAACCUAGAAAGAUGAUCUUACAAGUAAACAACAGAUUUUGCAUACUUUAACCUUAAAGAUAUCUCUGCCUCAACUCUUUGUUCACAGCUCUCUGACACUGGAAUAUUAAUAGUUGAUCAUCUUUCCCUUUAAUUUUUCACUGAUAAUAUUAGUUCCUAACCCAGGUUUUUGGAUCUCACAAGGGUUCUUAUUAUACAGUUGUCACAUACAUUUCUUUAAGAAGUUCAACCUAAGAAGAAAUCAAGAAUUGUCUUUUCUGGUUCAUACAUUAACUCCUAUAGGGUUGUCCACUACUAAAGCAACAGAAAGUGCUGCCUUCUUUUUCUGGAAGCUGCUGUUCUUACAAGAGAGCAAUUUAGGAGCAGGAAUUGUGCUUUAUUAACAUCAAAGCACUGGCACAGGAAGUUUGCACACUCAGCUCUGGGAGCUUUUUGAUGCUUUCUGCCUGCUUUGGGAAAUUAGCUCUUUGUUUCAUUAUCAGUUAUCUGGAUGGAAACUGAAGGGAAAAAUAUUGAUUUUUUUUUUUUUUAAUAAAUUGUACCAGGAUGCUGGGUCUGCGGUCCUAGUGGCUGGUCUUUCCUGUGCUUGGGAUGUUGGCCUUGUAGAGUUACUUCUGUAAUCUCAAGACAGAAACUGACAGCUUUGUUUGAUCAAAAUUGUUACUUCACCUUGCACAUUUUCAAGAGUUCUACAGGUUUAAUGAGCACAGAAAUCUGGGGGAACUUUCACUCUCCAGGGCUCCUUCAUAGAGGUUCUCAAAUACUCCAUCAGCAGAGGGGAGCCCCAGAUGGCAAAAGGACACAGGAUGUGUCAUCUUUCAAAUGAACCAAUAAUCCAUUCUUUGAUUCUUCUACCUUUGUCAAAAUUCCUCCAGCAACGCCUGCAGAAAAUCACAAUUCUUGAUACAUAGCUUGUUCCAAUAAAGCACCACAGCAUUUCUAGUGACUGCAGACCCAGCUGUCAAACUCUUUCAACUUGAUAGAGAAUAUGUACACAAAACCUAUAGCUGUCAUCAUACUUAAUAGUGAAAAACAGAAUGUUUUCCAGCUGACACUGGGGACAAGGUAACAGUGUCAGUUCCUGCCGCUCUUAUUCAACACAGAAAUUUUAGUCAUCAUACUAAGACACACAAAAAAAGGAAUAAAAAGCCACGCAGACUGGAAAGGUAGAAAUAAAACUCUCCAUAUUUGCAGAUGACAUGAUUAUCUACAUGGAAAAUGCCAAGUAAUACACAAAUAACCUCUUAAAAUUAAUAGGUGAGUUUGCCAAGGUCACAGGAUAUGAGAUCAACAUGAGAAACACAAUCACAUUUCUGUAUGCUAACAACAAACAUGUAAAAACUGAAAUAAAAAUAAUAACAGUUUAAGUCUCUCGAGAGCAAAGGAAAUAUUUAAGUAUAAACCUAACAAAACAUGCAUAGGAUCUGAUGUUGAAAAAAAUCACACAAUUCUGAUGAAAGAAGUGAAAAAAAAAACUAAAUAGACAGACAUACCAUGUUCAUGGGUUGGAAGAUUCAACAUAAUAAGGAUACAAUUCUCAAUUUGAUCCAUUGGUUGAUUGCAAUUCCUCUCGAAAUACCAACAUGGCUUUUUGUAGAAACAGACAAGUUUAUUCUAAAUUUUAUGUGGGAAGGCAGAAGCCCUAGAAUACUUUAAACUUGACAAAGAAGAAUAAAGUGUGUGGCUGUAAAACCAAACUGUACAAAAUUAUUAACAGUUCAUUGCUUGCAGUCGAAAAAAUGAGGAAAAGGUGGACGAUCUAGGAAACUUUCAGGGAGCUAAGGCGUCGGAGAGCAAAGUAUCCUUGUAAGGAAUGAGACAAGAUAAACUCCCUCCCCUACACACAAUAUUUUCAGAGAACUACAUUCUUGGUUUCAGCCUGAUGUCAUAGGCUGUGUUCUUUGCAAUGGAAGAAGCAAAGACUUCAAAGGGAGAAAUCGGAAGAUUUCUUUUUUCAUCGUAGGGACUUCACAUCAGCGUUUCCAAAACCGAGUCCACCGCCUUUUCCCUCUACGCAGCCUCUAUCCCUUCCUGUGUUUCCCACCUCAAUAAACGUCCCCGCCAAGUUACUUCAGCCUGAAACAUGCGGCCUCCCGGACUCCUCUCUGUGUCACCGACCUCUUGCGCGCAGUUCUCCGGAGCUGGCGGUUUAACCUCACAAGUCUUCCCGGAACCCGUGCCCUCCUCCUGGGCGGCGUUACCACCGUGAGCGCCUACCUGAGAGGACGCCUGUUCUCAUCCAGCCUCCACCCUGCAGCCGAGUCAUCUCCGUAACACGAACACCUGCUUAGUUUCUGCUGGAAACCGUUGAAUAGUCCCCACUGUUUUCUGGAAGGGUCUGGGCAGCUCGGCGUUGCGUCCACGGCCCCACCAGGCCUCUGCCUCCUGCAGGUCCCGCUCCUUAGUCACCAAAGCAUCCGCCGCGCUCGCACCGGCUGUGAAGCGGUGCUCGGGCCGCUCCCGCCGAGGGAACGGCCUUCCCAAGGCCCUGCGCUCCAAUUCUCGCUCGUUUACCGAGAGGUAGCCGCGUCGGGGAGCUAGAAUUCUCCAGGGACUCUCUCCUGCACUUCGUGGCCCUCGGUGGAAUCCUCGUUUUAGGAUCUGCCCGCCGUUUCCACUCGUGCGCGCGGCGCGGAGACCGCCUGCUCUGCCCCGCGCUGGGCUCUCUCCGCCUCUCUCCCACGCGCCGGCCUUCCGGUGCCAGCUGGCUGUCGACCCAGGUUAGGAAGCCCGAGGUCGGGGCGUUACCCCAAGGGCCCUCCCGCUUUCCCUCCGAGGGCAGAGAGGCGUCCGCGCCCGGACGGACUGCGGGAACACCUGGAGCGCCGGCGGAGCUCGGCUGUCCUCGCGGUAGGGAGCCCGACGCGCAUCCUUGGGACCCGGACCCGGCGCCCGCGCCUCGGAACGGAUUUCCGCCUCGGCUGCACGCGCAGCGCGCCGACCUGAGCCUGCCCCGCGGAACCGGGCUCGAGUCCCGGCCCGAGCGCGGCGUCGGGGCCAGCGGAGAGGGGCGGAAGCCGCAAGGGACCCUCGGCGCCUCGGCCUCGCCGCGAUGAAGUCCUCGCCCCUCCUCAGGUGACGGAUCGCCGCUGCCGUCCCGGGCUGCCCACCACCCCAGCGCGUGCCUGGGAGCCUCCACCCUCCCCGCGUUCUGUGGCCAGCCACGCGCCCCAGGCACGCGCCGCGACAGGCCGCGUCACCAAGCCCGCUCUCCCCAGCUUUCCUCUGCAGAUCCCCUGGCUACCCCCACCCUGCGGAGGGGCUGUUCACCAGAUGCCGGAAAAUCAGGGUUGGGCAUGCAGGCCAGGGGCUCCAGCGGCUGGGCACCGUGUCCUUCCCGAAGCUGGUGGUGGAAGUGCGCCCGCCUCCACCUCUCCCAGGCACCCACCAGCACUGCCCAGCCCUGUCUGUAGGGUCUAGGACUGAACGUCUGUCCCCGGCCUUCAUCCUGACUGAAGAGGACUGGCCGGGUGAUGCCGCGCUGUCCUGGCCCUGGGCCCGCCUGGAAGACCCGCCUGUGUCGCGGGCCCCCUCCCUGGCUCUGGCCUCUAAAGCGCCCCCGGCACAGCUUCCCGGCCCUUGCAGCCUGGUGGGGCCAGAACCUUCCCCUUGUCACUGUUGUCCUUUCUCCUUUCAGCCCGUGUCUCUCCUGGAAGAGAAUGGCGGGCAUCUUUUUCCUGCCAUUUAUCUCAUCAGGUUUUGCUCCUCGGUUUAAGCAGGAAGAGAACUUCAUGCUUGGAAGAGCGCAUCCGUCCCCGCCUAGGGUUUCAGCCGUGCCUCCGAGCCCUCUCCCGAAUCCUCUCUCCCUUUCCACUUUCUUUCCCUCGCCCGCCCCCUCCAGGUUUAAUUGGUCUCAUCUGACCCCUCUGGAGCUGAAGAAUCGAUCUGUGGGACUUGGAACUGAAAGCACAGGUCGGGGUAAGCCCCACUUCACACUGGAGGGCCACAAGUUCCUGAUCUUCGGGGGCUCCAUCCACUAUUUCCGGGUGCCCAGGGAGUACUGGAGGGACCGCCUGCUGAAGCUGAAGGCCUGUGGCUUCAAUACUGUCACCACCUAUGUUCCAUGGAAUCUGCAUGAGCCAGAAAGAGGCAAAUUUGACUUCUCUGGGAACCUGGACCUGGAGGCCUUCGUCCUGAUGGCCGCAGAGAUCGGGCUGUGGGUGAUUCUGCGUCCAGGCCCCUACAUCUGCAGUGAGAUGGACCUUGGGGGCUUGCCCAGCUGGCUCCUGCAAGACCCCCGGUUACUGUUGAGGACAACCAACAAGAGCUUCAUUGAAGCAGUUGAGAAGUAUUUUGACCACCUGAUUCCCAGAGUGAUUCCUCUCCAGUACCGCCAGGGAGGCCCUGUCAUCGCGGUGCAAGUGGAGAAUGAGUAUGGCUCAUUCAAUAAGGAUAAAACAUACAUGCCGUAUCUCCACAAGGCCCUGCUGAGAAGAGGGAUUGUGGAGCUUCUGUUGACCUCUGAUGGUGAGAAACAUGUGCUGAGCGGCCACACCAAAGGAGUGUUGGCCGCCAUCAAUUUGCAAAAACUUCACCAGGAUACUUUCAAUCAGCUUCAUAAAGUCCAGGUGUUUUUGGAUGAGACAAUGAUAGGGAUUCUGAAUGAGAACAAUAAGGACCUGCACAUUCCUGAACUCAGGGACUGCCGAUACCUGAGGAUCCUGGUGGAGAAUCAAGGACGAGUCAAUUUUUCAUGGCAAAUACAGAAUGAGCAGAAAGGAAUAACUGGAUCUGUCAGCAUCAAUAACUCUUCCCUGGAGGGCUUUACCAUCUAUUCCCUGGAGAUGAAAAUGAGCUUCUUUGAGAGGCUGCGCUCUGCCACCUGGAAGCCUGUCCCAGACAGCCACCAGGGCCCGGCCUUCUACCGUGGGACCUUGAAGGCUGGCCCUUCUCCCAAGGACACCUUCCUGAGCCUGCUGAACUGGAAUUAUGGAUUCGUGUUCAUCAAUGGACGUAACCUUGGGCGAUAUUGGAAUAUUGGGCCUCAGAAAACACUGUUCCUUCCUGGAGUUUGGCUUCAUCCAGAAGACAAUGAGGUAUGUCACUCCAGUCUCUGCCUUGAGAUCUCAUAAACUUUCAGAUCAAAAUGUGUAACAUCUGCAACAUCUAAACUUAACAACAACCAUGCAACAUAUCCAUUUUACAGAUGAGAAACCAAGGUUCAAAGAGGUAUUUGAAAUCAUGUCUCUCUGAUUGGCACCUCCUCUUUCACUACUACCUUAGUUCCACACGUAUGCCAGUCUUUUCCAAAUAUGAAUGCAAAAAUGCUAUUCAGAAGAUAUAAUGCUUUCAGUGCACUUAGAGAAAAAGAGCUCACAACUUAGAAUUCUUUACCCAGCAAAACUAUUUUACAAGAAAAACAAAACAAAAAACCCAAAAUAUAGAACUUUCUGAAAAACAAAAACCAAGAGAGUUAUCAUCAAAAGAUCCCCACUGAAUGAUGUUCUGUAGCGGCCUUUCUCAAUGUCCCAUAAGAGAAUUAAACACUGCAGAAAGUGUCUUCAGUGACUAGUUUCUCAUUAUAUCAUCUGGAUGCAUAUUAGAGACGUUAACUCAUUACAUACUGUGGAUGUCUUGGGGCAUUACAUCUUCAUGCUCUCAGGGAACCACAGUUGAGAAGAAAUUUCUAAAAGAUAUGCCACGAGCAGAUGGAAAGUCUGACUUUUAAGAAAGAAUGUGGAGUCCAAGAAGGAUGCUGACAUAUGUGAGAGUGAAUAUGGACAAACGUUAACUCCAUAGAAAUAGUGCCAAUGUCUAACUUGAGGUAGCAUCGGCAUAAAACUCUAAGACCAGGCAAAAACACUGUGUAAAGCGAGAGGGAUGUGAUGGCCAAAAAGUGAUCUAAGAUUUCUGUAAUUCUCAGAUAUUAACUUUAGACUUUGUUGAAUAUUCAUAGUUAAUAAACUAAGCUUAAUGUUUAAAGAAUAUACAUAGAGCUUUUAACUUUCUAAAAAAAUUAGGAGGAUAAAUAAGAAAAAACAAACAAACAAAAUCCUCUAACCAAUAAAAGACAAAAGAUAGUAGAAGAUAAAGAAGUAGAAAAAUAAGUACGAGUAUAAAUCAUGCUGCUAUAAAGACACAUGCACACGUAUGUUUAUUGCGGCACUAUUCACAGUAGCAAAGACUUGGAACGAACCCAAAUGUCCAUCAAUGAUAGACUGGAUUAAGAAAAUAUGGCACAUAUACUCCAUGGAAUACUAUGCAGCCAUAAAAAAUGAUGAGUUCAUGUCCUUUGUAGGGACGUGGAUGAAAUUGGAAAUCGUCAUUCUCAGCAAACUAUCACAAGGACAAAAAACCAAACACCGCAUGUUCUCACUCAUAGGUGGGAAUUGAACAAUGAGAACACAUGGACACAGGAAGGGGAACAUCACACUCUGGGGCCUGUCAUGGGGUGGGGCGAGUGGGGAGGGAUAGCAUUAGGACAUACACCUAAUGUAAAUGAGGAGUUAAUGGGUGCCGCACACCAACAUGGCACAUGUAUACAUAUGUAACUAACCUGCACGUUGUGCACAUGUACCCUAGAACUUAAAGUAUAAUUUAAAAAAAGUACAAGUAGAAACACAUAUUAAGACAGUAGAAUAAAUACAGAUAUAUCAACAACCAUAGUAAAUUUUAUAAAUGAGCUAAACUCUAAUUAAACGGUAAAAAUUGUCAGACAUUAUUUAAAGAAAACUAUAAAUAUUUGAGUUUUACAAGAGAUACACCUUUAACAUAAAGAUGCAAUGAUCGAAAGUCCAAGGAUAAAAAAUAUGCUAUGCAAAUUCUAACUGAAGGAACUAUAGUGACCGUAUUAACAUCAGGCAAGUAGACUUAAAGACAGAAGGUGUUACUAGGUAUAGAGGGUUACCCAUAGUAAUGGAAAUUCAAUUCCUGAGAAAGAUAUAAUAAUUUUGACUUGUUUUUGUCUAACAAUGUAGCUUCAUAAUAUGUAAAGCAAACAUUUCCAGAUCUAUAUGUAGAAAUAGAAAAAUAAAAGUACCUUGUACUUGAGAAACGUUUGUUCUACUUAAAAAGUUGAGAUACGGUUCAUAUACCAUAAAAUUUUUCAAAAUGAGUUGUAAACUCUUUUAAAGUCUACAAUUCAGUAGUUUUUAGUAGGAUAUAUUCAUGAGAUUGUACCAGCAUCAUCACCAUCUGAUCUAGAACAUUUUCAUCACUCCAGAUAGCAGCCCUUAACCUGUCAGCAGUUGCUCCUGAUUCCCCUUUCCGCCCGGCCCCUGGCAACUAUGAAUUUACUUUCUGUCUCUGUGGAUUUGCCUAUUCUGAACAUUUUACGAAAGUGGAAUCGAAUAUGUGACCCUUUGUGUUUGGCUUCUUUCAUGUAGCUUAACGUUUUCAAGCUUCAUGGAUGCUGUAGCAUGUAUAUUCUAUCCUUUUUCAUGGCUGAAUAAUGUUCCAUUGUAUGGAUACAUAGCAUUUUGUUUAUCCAUUCAUCAGUGGAUGAUUAUUUGAGUUGUUUCCACUUUUUGGAUAUUAUGAAUAAUGCUACUAUGAAUAUUCAUGCACAAGUUUUUGUGUGGUCGUAUGUUUUCCAUUCUCUUGGUUAUAUACCUGGAAGAGGAAUUGCUGGGUCAUACGGUAAUUCUGUGUUUAACUUUUCCAUAAAGCAUUAAACUGUUUCCAAAGUGGCUGCAGCACUUUACAGUUCCCACCAACAAGGUAUUAGGUUUCUAAGUUCGCCACAUCCUCACCAACACUUGAUUUUAAGCUCUCUUUUUGAUUACAGCCAUCCUAGUGAGUAUGAAAUGUUAUCUCACUGUGGUUUUGAUUUGCAUUUCCCUAAAAACUUGUCCUCUUAAACAUUGAAUCCAAACAUGUAACAAUGAAGUCAUGCAAUUGGACUUUAAGAUAACAAAAAUUGGCUGGGCGUGGUGGCUCAUGCCUGUAAUCCCAGCACUUUGAAAGGCCAAGGUGAAUGCAUCACCUGAGGUCAGGCGUUUGUGACCAGCCUGGCCAACGUGGUGAAACCCCGUCUCUACUAAACACACACACAUGCGUGUGCACACACACACACGUACACACACACACAAUUAGUCGGCCUGGUGGUGGGUGCAUGUAAUCCCAGCUACUUGGGAGGCUGAGGCAGGAGAAUCGCUUGAACCCGGGAGGCGGAGCUUGCAGUGAGCCGAGAUGGCACCACUGCACUCCAGCCUGGGCGACAGAGCGAGACCCCGUCUAAAAAAAAAAAAGUAAUCUCUUAAAUUGUAUGUGCAUUUCAGCUUUCAUUUCCACAGAGAGGUGGUAGUGUUUUUCAUCAGGUGUCAUGGAAGAAUAACUUCUCUCUGGCCAUAUCAAUGGAUUUACUUCUUCAGCACAUUCCAGCAAAUAAAUCAUUAGUUGCUUGUAAGGCCUGUGUUGCUGUUAUUCUCUGCAAAGUGUAAUAUUAAGCCUUUUUUUUCUUUUUUGCUGAAGCUUUUUAAAAAGCAUGUUUUAGUUGCUAUUCAACCUUUCUGAACGUCUUGCAUAAAGUAAAGAGACAACAGAGUUUCAAAAUCUUUUUUAUGUCGUGUACUUUGUUUUUGGUUGAAGAGGCCCUACCUUAUACUGUGCUGAAAUUUCUUUCUAAAUACAGAGCUAAAAGUCGUGAAUGAAGCAAUUACACAUCUGUAAUUCCUAAGCCACUUAUGGCCUUAGCCAUGUUUGUUCUUUCUUUGCCAAUGAUAAUUGCAUGGCAACUUUAUAUCCUAAUUUUUCAUUUCAUAACUAUUUCUUGGGUUGCUGUGCUAUACUCAGAAAUCAUGGCAAAGAAUAAAGGAGAAGAAUUGUUAAAGUUUUCGUUAAUCUACCAUACCAAACUUAAUCUACUGUACCAAACUUUAAGGCAACUUCUAUUUGUUUCUGCAUGCCCAAAUAUCUGAUAUACAAGACAUGGAUAUUUUAAUAAUGUCACUGAUUGAUGCACAGUAAAAUAUAAUUCAGGAAAACAUAUUUUAGUAGCAUGUUUUGUAGAAGGAGCUUUGUACCUUGAAGUCAUAACUUGGGCAGAUGUAAACAAUUCUUUGGCAGCCAAAAAACUACUGAAAAUACCAGCAUAUAGCAAUUAUCCUGAGAAGCUUUUUAUUUAGUCUCUGCAGACUCAAAGCUAUAAGAAAUUAUCUUUUAAAAGUGUUAUUAUAAAUCUGUCUUUUGAAGUUGGAUUAGUGAGAACAUAAUGUGCCUAAUUUUUGCUGACCACUAUCGUUUUUUCUUUGUACCUUGUCUGUUCUUUGUUCUGUCUGAGCUGAAAAUGAUUUAUCAUAGAUGUAGCUGCACAUAAUUUUGGAGAUUUGCCUUCUCAUGAAAUUUGAGGUGGCAAGAAUCCCCAAAGAAGACUUUUUCUUCAAAGAUUCAUGGCCUGAAUGAUAUUAAAUCAUAACAAUAAAUUUGGUAUAAACCACAUUUUUAUAAAAAACACAUGCAUGUUGUUUAGUGUAAUAAAUGGUACUC